UUGUUGUAAUUUGUGUUACUCAGCUUGUCGUUGUACCACGUGAUCAUCAUAUCGACGUAUCGCAUUCGGUCCAUGUAUUUAUCGGGCACCACAAAAAUAUACCUGUCAAAGUUAAAUGGCUACGACCAAUAAAAAUUAUAUCCUACUAGUGUGAUAUUUUUUAAAAUUCACUAAAAUGUAGUGAUUUGAAAAAUUAAAAAACCCGGGAUAAUAAAACUCGGCAAUUGGAGAGCAUGAAGAGAGAGGUGCGAGGAAAAAAAAUAGGUACAAAGAUUUAUUAAAUUACGACUUGCUCGUGGGCGGUUACCUGUGACGUUUCUGACUCUGAAUGACACUUGCUCGAUCGUUGAUGUCGCUAUGAUUUAGAUUGGUCGUCGGGAGAGAAAAGAGAGUGCUGUGCAUAGAGAAAAGUAAAUAUUGAGCCACUGAAGAUUAUUCUACGUGAAUAAUAUAAUGAACGCAGAACGGCGCGCGAUUAUUUACGUGCGUCGUUCAAUGAUACAUUUUUUUUGUGACAGUUAAUUAUUUAAGAGUUUACAGAAAAGUAAGAAUAAUAUUUUAAACAAUGAAUAUAAUGCGGAAAUUGCGAGGGGCCAGUGCAGUUGGAGGAAUGGGCUUCAGUGGUACUGGGAGUGUUGAUGAUUGUGGGGGAGCUAGCAAUCCUCAACAUACGGAACUAGGUCUGAUGCACCUAAAGAAGUUAUUUUCCGAGUAUACACAUCCAGCACAUCCACUGUCAGAGGCCGAGAAGGAUGAUAAGCUUUAUAAUAUGUUACCACUAUUUUGCAAGGUAUUCGGAUCUAGUCCUGCUGGAGACAUGAGUGAAAAAUUUCGAGAUAUUCUGGCUUUUACACAGCAAGUGUCCAAGCUGAUGGUAUCUGAGAUAAGAAGACGAGCGAGUAAUCAGAGCACAGAGACAGCCAGCUGUGCGAUAGUUAAAUUAUUAGAGAUCGAAAAUAGUGAAGAGUCUAGUAAUGGUUGGAUGUUAUUGUCAACGUUAAAUUUAUUAGCAGCUGGUGACGCAUUGCUGAUACAAGCAAUGACAACAGCUUCAGUGCCAUCGACACUUGUCAAGUGUUUGUAUUUGUUUUUUGAUUUACCAGAAAUGAAUGACGCAGAAGCGGAUAUAACUGAUGUUAAUAGUGAAUUCACACCUCGAGAGCGAAGAAUAUUACUCCAAAAAAUAUUCGUCCAAUUGCUUGUAAGACUUUGCAGUCAUCCGUAUCCAGCAGAAGAGCUUGCAAGAAAAGAUGAUUUGACACUAUUGUUCUCAGCGAUAACCAGCUGGUGCCCACAGUACAAUGUCAUGUGGCGUAAGAGUGCUGCUGAAGUAUUGAUGACACUAUCUCGACAUGGACUCACUCAAAAUGUAGUAUCUUAUAUUCAUAAUAAAGGAUGUAUAGCGCUUUGCAUCGACAAUAUGCAACGUGUACCUGAGCUAGCGCCGCUUGAAGUUGUUGAAAUGUUUGUAACGGUAUUUUGUUUUUUAAAAGACUCUAGCGAAGUAUCACAAAUGCUUUUGGAUGACUUUCGUGUUUGUCAAGGAUAUAUUUUCUUAUCGGAAUUUCUGCUGAAACACGCACCUUCACGAUUAGAACAGGAGGGGAAUGCUGAAGCGCAAGACGCUAUUAGAAAUUUAGUGCUGAUGUUAGCUUCGCUGACAAUGUGUGGACAUACUGAAUUAAAACCGAGUCAAGCAAGUAUGGGCUCGUUAUUCCAGAUGCUUGGGUUUUCUUUACCCCAACCCAGCAAUCGAGGCGGUAGUGUUAGAAAUAUUCAAGCAUUCCAAGUACUUCAGUCCGUAUUUGUUAAAUCAAAUUCGUCACUUUUGUGCUGCACUAUACUUGACGCCAUAUCCAGUGUUUAUCACAGCGAUAACGCUAAUUAUUUUAUACUAGAAGGACAGAAUACCUUAUCACAGUUUGCUGAAAAAAUACAUUUGAAAAAUCCUGAAAUACAAAAAAAGUUCUUUCAAUUAUUAGAGUUUAUAGUGUUUCAGCUUAACUUUGUGCCUUGCAAAGAACUCAUAUCUCUCUCGAUUCUACUCAAGUCAAAUCACUCUGUCAGUUGUAGUAUACUGGCAAUGGAAACACUGUUGAAUAUACUCCGACACAAUGUAAUAUUCAAGGAUGUAUACCGAGAAGUAGGAAUGUUAGAAGUUUUUGUUACUUGUUUACAUCGCUAUGCGACCUUGUUGAAGGAUAAGCAGUCAGCAACUGAUCAAGGCUUGGAGUACAAAAUGUGCCCUGAUCAGGAGCGUCUCGGUCAAUUAGUGAUGGAAGCUCUCACAACUUUACUGGCAGGUAAUGUACAGAACGCAAAUGUCUUCAGAGAGUGUACGGGAGCCCGGUGUGCUCAUAAUCUUGUUCCCUAUGUGGAUUGUCGGUUUCAAGCGCUGGGUAUCGUAAGAGAACUUAUUGUCAGCGCCGGUGGAGAUGAUGAUAUGGCAACAUUACUUGGCAUAAUGCACUCAGCACCCGCAAGUGCUUUGGUUCUCAAGUCUCACAUACUCCUGGCACUUCUGACAUGUUUACGAGAAUCUCAUCGUACAAGAACUGUUUUCCGUAAAGUUGGAGGCUUUGUUUAUGUCAUGUCAGUACUUGUUUCUCUCGAAGGACAACUUGGACCACUGCCUCAUAAAUCUUCAGAACCUUGUAACGAUAACAUUCCACAGAGAAGUCCUCAAAAUGAAUCACAGCUUCUUAAUCUUCUACAUCUUGUAUUUCAAACAAUAUGUACUGCUAUGAGAUUUGAACCGGCAAAUGCCAAAUUUUUCCAUCUUGAAAUAUGUCAAUCAAGUUUAUGUGAUACUCUACGACUACUCGGCUGUUUUUCAUCUCAAACUACACUUACGGAGUGUAAUCACCCAGUGCCAUCAAAUUACCACAAUACCUGGCAAAGUUUAUUUAAUGGAAACGUUCUAGAGCCUUCAUUUCCUAGUGAAAUACCUAAAAGUUUAUCUUAUGCAUGUUUGUUGCUAAGAUUACUUUACGAUGUUGCACUCGACGUCUUUGAGAAACCAAACAUGGCUGUAAUUGGUAUAAGAUCACCGUGUCAUAAGCAAUCCAGCUUGGAAAACCAGAGAUCAGUAGACUCACCAGUGAGCGGAAAACGUUCAACUGUUAAUUCACUCAAUUUAAAUCCCCCUGCACCAGAACCAAUUAUAGUUCAUCCAGGUAUUGUUGUAGGGAUGCUUCACCUAUUGCCUUCAAUAACUGAGCGAACAAAACCAGAAUACGCUCUGGCUCUUCAGAUUUACGUAGCAGAAGUAAUCAAGAGUCUUGUACGCUCGGAGCGUAAUCAGCAAGUCAUGUGUGACUCUGGAAUGGCUGGAGAACUAUUAACAAUGGGUAGAGUUGCGUUACAAGAUGAGACUCACCCGCUCCAUCAACCUCUGCAGUACAUUAUAGAACGUCUUGCGGCUCAGUCAUUAGAGCCCAAGGAUUUACGAGAGUUUUUACGACUCGGCGAUCCGCUUUGCUGCAUUUCGCUGGACGAUAUAGAAGCAAACAAACCUCGCGGUGGGCCAGUUCCACUGACACGUAUCAAGACUCUUGUGUCAAUGACAACACCCAAGGACUUUAGAGCUCAUGGUUCGUGUACUCUACCACCGUUUGUUGAGUUUGACAUGAGCGCAGAAGGUUUCGCGAGUCUCUAUUUACCCAGCAUUGCACCACAGAGUACAACUCCACCAACAGUAGUCUCUGCUGACAACAGUGUGCUGGGUGGAAUAGGUUCCGGAGACCGUCUGUUUCCUCCACAAACUGGACUUACAUACAGUACAUGGAUCUGCGUUGAUAAAUUCAGCGAUCCUCGAACAGAUCCUCACUGCGUGAGACUUUUAACUUUAGUACGGAGUCCACCCUCAGGUACUCGAGAUAUAAUUUGCUUUGCCGCUGUUUUGAGCGCCAGAGACAAAGCAAUUAUAGUGUCUACCCAAGAAACUCAGAUGCCACAAAGUAUAGGUGAGUGGGAGCCAGAAGGUGUUGGAGAAAGUGGAGCACGAGUUUGGUGUCCUGAUCUACUUCACGAAGGACAAUGGCAUCACAUUGCUAUUGUGUUGAACCGUGCAGUGCUGAAAAAUUCAAGUUUUUCUCUUUACUUGGACGGUCAACAUAUUCAGAGCCAAAAACUUCAUUAUAUUACUCAAACUCCCGGAGGAGGAGCUACUAAUUUGACAGUCGCGUCGCCUGUUUACGGAUACAUCGGUACACCUCCAUGUUGGAGGCGUUACUCCAAACUUACUUGGAAGCAAGGACCUUGUCAUUUAGUGGAAGAAGUUUUCAACUCACAGAACAUUCUUACACUCUUUAAAUUAGGUCCUCACUACAUGGGAAGUAUGCAAGCGCCACAAUUUAUCGGACCUGAACCUCUGUCUUCUUUACUAUCCGAAGAAAAAGUUGUAUUUGGAUUAAACGCCAAAGCGAUGUCACAAUUAACGUUAGCAAAGAUACGGAAAGUCUACAGCAGAGCUGACACCAAGUCAAUUGCCAAGCAGCUCGGUAUGUCUUCUCAUGAAAACGCGACUCCAAUUCGCGUUCUGCACAACUCCGCUGGUCAUCUCAGUGGACCAGCUCGUGCUCUUGGAGGUGUCGUAGUUGGUUAUCUUGGUGUAAGAGUUUUCAACCCACGACCAGUUGCCACGACAAUUGACAAUGUGGGAGGGUGCUCUGUGCUCCUAGGUCUCAUUGCCAUGGCUCAGGACGUUGAGUCACUCUACGCAGCUGUAAAAGCUCUCGUGUGUGUUGUAAGGUCAAACCAAGCUGCACAACAGGAGAUGGAUCGUCGCCGAGGCUACCAAACUCUGGCCAUGUUAUUGCGAAGAAAGUGUCCGCUGCUAAACAGUCAUAUUCUUCAUUUAACUUUCAGUCUUGUAGGAACAGUUGACAGUGGAAGGGAAACCAGUGCCAUACCCAACGUCACUGCGUUCCAAGAUUUAUUGUGUGACUUGCAAGUAUGGCACGAAGCUCCAGGUGAGCUGCUUCGAUCUCUUCUGGAGCAUUUGUAUGAAUUAGUUGCCGAGUCUAAUGAAAAACGCACCAACCUGAGAUUGAUGCGAGAUUUGCAGUUAGUUCAUAAAUUAUUGCACAUUUUAAGUGAAGUAAAGCAGAAUUCAACGAGACAAGUUCUUUUAGCGUUGCUGAGUAUUUUACUCGCGCAACCACGUCAAGCAGAUCUUCUGUGGUUUGGACAAUUCAUUGUCGCUACUCUACCCCUGGUAUCUGAAAAGCAUCUAGUCCCACGUGAAAACGAAGGUCCGAAAGAAGGUGAAGGUGAAAGUAUUUUAUUACGCAACAGAUGUCUCCAGUUAUUACACUCGUUAUUGUUCAAUGGAUCUAAAGUUAAUGCGACAAUGUGCGAUGAAUUGUCUAAAGUUCUCGGUUUGGACUGGGUACUAUUGUUCUUACAAUCCGGUCUUCAUAGUACAACUAUUGUGUGGGGAUUACGGAUACUCGUAGCUGUUUGUUCAGUCCAAUCGAUACUUCAAAAGUUUAAAGAGGGAACGAGUAAUGGUGGCUGGUUGAGACACACUGAUCACAAUAAAAUGGCAAUGGCCUUGGGUUGUCAACAACAAACUUCGACUGGUGAAAUUAAACCAGCCGGAUUAAAUGUACCAGGAUUCCAGCAUCUCGGCUGGCUAUUACCGCAACACGUCGAUCUUGUUCCUGAAUUGUAUUUUCUUUUCAUCGGGCUCAUGUUAGUCCAGCCAAUUAAAUUACUGCCAGCUGAUUCUAAAUUAGAGCUUGAUAAUAUUUGGAAUUUCAUGUUUGGAGUCCCGGCGAAUCACUCACUGUCAACUUUUAAUGGAAAAAUAAAUUUGUGUCCAGACGCUGUAGUUGUACUUUUAGCAAUGGUUCGCACAAUGCUUAACACGCACUUCAGUAAUCCUGACAACUUACCCGAGUGGCUUACUGAGUAUCCGGUGACAAUAAUACAAUUUCUCUUCUUUUUGUAUCACAACUUCACAGAUUUUAUGCAAGUCUUUAUGUCAGCCGAGGUAUUGGGUGCUUUAGCGGGUACAUUGUUCCCCAAACCUUUGAGUGGAAGUCAAGACAGCAGUGGAGCAAGCACUCCAGCGGAUGAACAAGAACCAGUACUUGUUAGAUCACCUUCCAAGGACAUCGGAUUAACAAAUCAUCCGGCAAGGAAAUUUGUCAUGGAUUUCUUGAGAGUUAUCGUAGUUGAUUCAUUGUCUCUUCCAGUAACAGCUAAAUCUCCUCCAGCGAUCGAUCUCGUCUUGGAAGCUUGGCCAGAGUAUGCAUCGACCGGCCAGCAGACACGUUACCAAACAGAAAUAUUGUCGAUUUUAAUGGAACAUCUUCUAGCAGCGGAUGUAUUGAUCGGCGAACAAGCAGCGUUGCCCGUCGUCCCCGGUGGCUCGGUUAAUAAUAUAACUAAUAAUGUUUGCUAUGUUACAGCAAGAAUAGUUGAUAAACUCUGGCAAGGAGCACUGACAAAAGAUCCUCAUGAAGUAUUUGAUUUUAUUGUUAAACUUAUUGGACAAGCUAAAAGAAGACCCGGAGCUGUCAGUAUGGAAGGUCUUCAUCACUGCUUAAAUCGAACAAUUUUAUUCUUAUUGUCACGCUCAACAGAUUCAAUUACCGAUCAAAUGGCAGUACUAGAAGCUUUACAUAAAUUAACAACUCACAGGCUGCUGGUCUUUGGUGCUGGGAAUCAUGAAUUGGAAUUUAUAAGUUGUUUGACUUACUGUCUUCUUCAGCUUACUGCUGACAUUAAAAUAAUGCUUGAUACAAACAUGAAAACAACAUGGCACGUCAAUCCUCAAGUUGAGUCUAGCGACGAUCGUCUAACGUCUCACCAAGGUCAUAAUUUAAUGGCAGUAGCGGCAACAAGAGUCUGGGAAGAACUGUAUGUAUGUAAAAAACCAGCUAUCGAAGAAGUUUUCAAAAUUUCUCUACCAGCUCCGGUAAAUAAUGAACGUGCACCAGAUUUAUCGAGUGUACGUGAUCUUGUUCAUGAACAAGCCACAAGACUUUGGCUCAAUUAUGUCAUCUUGGAACGCAAAGCUUCUUACAGAGUACCUUGGGAAUUACACAAUCAAAUUCAAUCAAAGAUACAGAAAGUAACUGGAGGAUUGACAAGACUAGCAAGUCGUACCAAAGUCAGAAAAGAAGAGUCUGUGAGACCGAGACUGAGACUCCAUCACAGUGCCGUUGCUCAGUGGACGGAGCAGCAUGUGGGAUUAGUGAGAGAAUUGGCAGCUACUAGGAAACUUCAGCAUCAACAAACUUACCAGCAUACCCAGCGAUAUGUUUAUCAAGAGUGGCUCCAGACUGAGACUGAGUUGACUCGAGAGCGCGGCCUCUGGGGUCCACCAACGCCCACUGUUUUGGACAAGUGGAUGCUGGACAUGACAGAAGGCCCUUGUAGAAUGCGUAAGAAGAUGAUGAAAAACGAACUGUUUUAUAUACACUAUCCUUAUCGGCCCGAGUUGGAUCAUCCUGAUAAUAAACAGCUCAAAUAUAAGGUAGCCUCGAGUAUGGACAGCAAAGAAUAUUAUUUGAAACAACUCAAUAAUUCAUCAGGUAUGUUUGAACGUGAACGCGAUCCAGUAAUAGAUGAUACUCCAUUGGCCAUGCAUGAAGGCUCUACUGAGAGUGAACCGCCGAUGGUUCCUUGCACGUUGGAACGUCACGCAAGCGAACCUGAUGAAGCUCCUGAAGACAAUGAGCAAGAAGAAGAAAAUAAUCAAGCUGUUCCUGACAAUCAAACUCUCCUGAGAUUAUUGGAGGAGCAUGAAAAAAUUAGCCACAUGUUCAGAUGCGCUAGAAUUCAGGGUUUGGAUACCACAGAAGGGCUUUUGUUGUUUGGCAAAGAACACUUUUAUGUUAUAGACGGAUUUACUCUGCUAAAGUCUCGCGAGAUCAGAGAUAUUGAAAGUCUGCCAGACGCCUAUGAGCCGAUUCUUCCCUCGCCCGGGUCACCAAGAAGAUCACGAGCUAUGAGACAGUGCUCGAAAUUUAAUUAUGAAGACAUUAGAGAAGUUCACAAGAGGAGGUAUUUAUUGCAACCCAUCGCUCUUGAAGUAUUUAGUGGUGACGGUAGGAAUUAUUUACUUGCAUUCCCGAGGAAAGUUAGGAACAAAGUUUACCAAAGAUUCAUGACAUUCGCGACGGCGAUCGCCGACAGUGCUCAUCAGUCAGUGGCGGGGCAAAAGAGGACAGCUAAUGUCGAGCAAGCUACUGGAUUACUGUCGAAUCUUAUUGGCGAAACCUCGGUUACUCAGCGGUGGGUGAGAGGAGAAAUAUCAAACUUUCAAUAUUUGAUGCAUUUAAAUACUUUGGCUGGUCGAAGUUACAACGACUUGAUGCAGUACCCAAUUUUCCCUUGGAUUUUAGCAGACUAUGACAGCGAAGAGAUUGAUUUUAACGACCCAGCUACUUUCAGAGACUUCAGCAAGCCUAUGGGAGCUCAGAGUCCCGAAAGAUUGCUGCAGUUUAAAAAGAGAUACAAAGAAUGGGAUGAUCCUCACGGUGAAACUCCACCUUAUCACUACGGAACUCACUACUCAUCUGCGAUGAUUGUUUGCUCUUAUUUAGUAAGAAUGGAGCCUUUUACUCAGCACUUUUUGCGACUUCAAGGAGGACACUUUGAUCUCGCUGACCGAAUGUUCAACAGCAUCAAAGAAGCGUGGUCGUCUGCUUCAAAACACAACAUGGCUGAUGUAAAAGAACUUAUUCCAGAAUUCUUCUAUCUUCCCGAAUUUCUCAUCAACUCAAAUCACUUUGACUUGGGUUCAAAGCAAAGCGGAGUUCAGUUGGGUGAUAUCGUCCUCCCGCCCUGGGCGAAACAAGAUCCUCGAGAGUUCAUCAGAGUUCACAGACUAGCACUGGAGAGUGACUAUGUUUCGCAGAAUCUUCAUCACUGGAUAGAUCUUAUAUUUGGGUACAAGCAAAACGGGCCAGCAGCUGUCGAAGCGGUCAACGUGUUCCAUCAUUUGUUCUACGAAGGCAACGUUGAUAUUUACACCAUAGACGAUCCAUUGAAGAAGAACGCAACCAUUGGAUUUAUCAAUAAUUUUGGACAAAUACCUAAACAACUGUUCAAAAAACCUCAUCCUUGUAAAAAGAUGAGUGUUAGAACAAGUGUUAUCGAUCCGGGACCCAUAACACCUGGUUUAAGUAUCACCGCAACGGAUAGACUAUUUUUCCACAACCUAGACAAUCUAAAGCCUUCAUUACAGCCUAUUAAGGAGCUCAAAGGUCCAGUAGGCCAGAUUUUACAUAUUGAUAAAACAGUAUCAGCUGUUGAACAAAAUAAGACACUAAUUCCUCCCUCGUUUAACAAAUACGUAGCAUGGGGCUUUGCUGAUCACUCGCUUAGAAUAGGUAAUUAUGACAGCGAGAAAGCGAUAUUCGUUUGUGAAGCGAUGAUGCAAAGCAACGGAGAAAUAGUCGCUUGUGUUUGUCCGUCUUCCAAGUUAAUAGUCACCGCUGGGACAAGCUCAGUAGUUACAGUCUGGGAGUACUCGAAGCGUCAAUUAUCAAUCAAGCAGUGUCUUUACGGUCAUACAGAAGCAGUUACGUGUCUGUCAUCAAGCCCCGCUUACAAUGUAAUUGUCUCUGGGUCGCGUGAUGGAACGGCUAUCAUUUGGGAUCUCUCACGGUGUCUUUUCGUGAGGCAAUUAAGAGGUCAUGCAGGUCCAGUGGCGGCUGUCGCGAUAAAUGAUCUCACGGGUGAUAUUGCGACGUGUGCGGCAACUUGGCUCCACGUCUGGAGUAUCAAUGGUGAGGAAUUGGCGAGUGUUAACACGUGUGUGGGACGUGCUGAUAGAAUGCAGCAGAUUUUGUGUGUCGCUUUUAGUCAAACGCAUGAGUGGGACUCGCAAAAUGUCAUUAUGACUGGAUCCACUGAUGGUGUUGCACGAAUGUGGUCCAUGGACUACGUCCAGGUGCCUGCUGAAGAAGAAAAGCCUGAGGAACUUGCUGAGAAGAAAGCAGUUAAGAAACAACCCAGCACUGAGGAAGAAAGAACUGAAAGUACCAAGAAGAGAGUUCAUGAGUUGGUCAAGCAGAUGAGUAUUUCUGCUGAGGAGUCCAGUCUGAUGAUGAAAAGCGGCUCUGAGAGCAGUUUGUCUGAAGCUGAAACUCUUAAGGAAGCUUCUCGUCUUCAUGAAGAAAAGGAAGAGUGUUCUGAUAACGAGUCGAGCAAUAGUUCCAACAAUAAAGUAUGCUCCAAAAAUGCACAAUCUCCAACUGUGGUCUUGAGGCGAAAAAGCCGGGGUAACCCGAUGUUUAGGAAAAGUGAGGGAGGCGGUAGAGCUGACAGCGAAGGAAUACAAGCUAACGAGUCUACUCACACUCUCAGUACUGAUUCUGACAGUGCUUUGAGGACCAGCAAAAGUGACACCAGCUUGACUGACAGUUUUGUUAUGGUCAGUGAAGCAGACACCAAACCCAGGAGAAUUAACCCGCAGAAUGUUCUGAGGGAUGGAUUCAAAUGGCAGAGGCAGCUUGUUUUUAGAAGUAAAUUAACUAUGCACACAGCUUAUGAUCGCAAAGAUAACGCAGAGCCUGCUUCGAUAACAGCUUUGGCAGUUUCGAAAGACCAUAAAACUGUAUACGUCGGUGACACUCGGGGUCGAGUAUUCUCGUGGAGCGUUUGUGAGCAACCUGGACGCACUGUAGCUGAUCACUGGCUUAAAGAUGAAGGCGCUGAUUCCUGUGUUGGUUGUGGAGUUAGAUUUAAUCUAUAUGAGAGACGACAUCACUGUCGUAAUUGCGGACAAGUUUUUUGUUCAAAGUGCAGCAGGUUCGAGUCUAAAAUUUCAAGACUGGGAAUCCUGAAGCCUGUCAGAGUGUGUCAGGGAUGUCAUUCACAGCUGAGAUCUCAAUGUUCUACUGACAGUAAUACUUAAUCUGUUGGUAAUACUACUGCUUGAUUACUGAAACUAGAAUCACAAUUGUCCGAUAAACCACCAAAUGUCCUCACAUUACUUCUAUAGGAACUUAUUAAUCUUGUGAGUAUGUAUUUAUAAUACAGUGUAAAAACUGUUUGCACAUUUCGUAAGGUAUGCUUAAAUUAAUUAAAGUAUUUUGUGGUAUUAGAAUUUUUAUUGAUAAAUUAUUAAUUGAUUUUUGAGAUAAAUUCUGGGAAUAGUUGACAAAAUAGAAUUUUCAGUCGAGUACCUACUGUACAAUCAUUUUUUAGCUGGGAAUAUUGAUGUUUAUUUUUUAUUCAUUAUUAUAUUACUCAUUGAUACAUUUUAUGUAUCACAAACAAUCAUGAAUGUUUAGAAUUUAAGGGCUGAUGCAUUACUUACAAACUGUGAUUUUUUUACUUGUCGCAAUUUAAUUUUUUUUCGUUUGUUAUUUUAUAAUUUGAUUUAUUGAAAUAGUUUUUAUUAACAAACGCAAUAGAUUUAUUAUUUUUUUUAGUGAUCAAAAAUUUUAAUUGUAUUUUUUUUUAUUUUGCAAUAACUGAUAUCCGCUUUUUAAUUUAUAAAUAAAAAUUUGUGCUAUUGUAGACAAUACAUAAGAUGUGCUUGAACAAGAGUUCAAAUGGAGUGUUAUAAAUUAUACAACGGCUUAGCUUAGUAUAACAAUAAUUACGUGUGUAUAGAUCUUAAAACUGUGUGAUUCUUUAGAAUCUAUUGAUGUAAUACCUAAUGAUCAAGACCUAUGGACAUGGAAGACAUUAAAAAAAAAUAAUAAUGAUAAUAAUAAAGUAUUUAUUCACUGAUUCAAUCUUCUGAAAGGCAGCUUGCAUAUUUUAAUUUAUCUUACUUGAUAGAUAAUUCAGUGGAAUUGAUGAUUAUAUAAAAAUAAUAAAAGAAAAUGUAUUUUGCAUUUUGUAACAAAUGAUAAUUAUAAUAAUGCUGAGAUCCUUUAGAAGAUUGGAGAAUAUAUUUAUUAAUUAUAUAUAAUAAAUAAUAAAAUAAAUAAAAAGCAAAUUCUAAAGAUGAAAAAUUAGACCCAAGUAUUAGAACGGUGAAAAUCCGUUGUAAAAGCCAAAUCAUAACAACAAGGCUGAAUAAUCAAUGGUGUAUAAAAAUUGUACGGAAUCAAUAUUAUUAUCUAUUGUUAUUAUAUAGUUAGUUAAUAAUCGCAGAAAAUUUAAUAUAGAAAAUUGCAGUGAAUAGUUAAACAAACGUUUAUAGUAUAAAAAAAAAAAAAAAGAAAAAAGUACGUAGAUCCAUUGCAUUGGCAUUAAAAUAAUAAUAAUAAUAAUAAUAAUAAUAAUAAAAA